UCAUGGUCGUAUUUUCUUGAAUAAUUGAUCACCAGGUGAUUGAAUGACACAGAAUUGUGGCACUGCAUCCUGUCACAGCAAUCAAUGGAUUCGAGUUUCUACCGCUGGAAAAGAGCUUUACAAAGAGAUUCCGCAAAAUGCCCCUCUGAAACAACGCCUCUUCUGCCAUCCAAAAGAAAAAGUCAGACGUACGACUUGAACAAACAACGAGUCGUCUUUGCAAAUAACAAGAAAUGGGAGGCAGACUGCAAGAAGGUUUCAAAAUUUUAUAUAGGAAACAAGAUCCGAACAACAAAAUAUACCGUUUUAAGCUUCCUUCCAAAAAACCUCUUUGGCCAGUUUUACAGGUCGGCAAACCUUUAUUUUCUUUUCCUUGCUAUACUGAAUUGGAUGCCACAAAUUGAGGUGUUUCAUAAGGAAAUAACCAUGGUGCCACUGGUGAUUGUACUGCUUGUUAUAGCCGUUAAAGAUGGCGUGGAGGACUAUAGAAGAUAUUGCUUUGAUAAGAAAGUCAACUUAACCAAGACACAAGUAUAUGAAAAGAAUGAUCACAGCUAUGUUGAGAAAUGUUGGAAAGAUGUACGUGUUGGAGAUUUUGUCAAAAUUUUCUGUAACGAAAUCAUUCCUGCGGACAUCUUGCUUCUAUACUCUUCUGACCAAAAUGGGAUUUGUCACAUAGAGACUGCCAACUUAGAUGGAGAGACCAAUUUGAAGCAGAGACAAGUUGUCCGAGGCUUUUCCAAUCAGGAAUCGCCAUUUAAUCCCGAAUCCUUCAAGAACACAAUUGUUUGUGAAGCUCCUAAUAAUAAUCUCAAUAAAUUCAAAGGUUAUGUGGAUCAGCUCAGCGGGCAACGGACCGGCUUUGGAAACGAAAGUCUUCUUCUUCGUGGCUGUACUGUCCGAAACACGGAAGAGGCCAUUGGUGUGGUGGUAUAUGCAGGGCAUGAGACUAAGGCAAUGUUAAACAACAGUGGGCCUCGUUACAAGCGCAGCAAGCUCGAAAGGCAGAUGAACAUCAGUGUUUUCUUCUGCGUUGGGAUUCUUUUCAUCAUGUGUCUCAUUGGAGCUUUAGGCCAUGGCAUUUGGUCUGCCAAAUUUGUGAUCCAUCCAUUAUUCGAUGUCCCAGAUGGUAAUGGAAACUACUUUUCACCAGCUCUUGCUGGAUUUUAUAUGUUUUUAACGAUGAUUAUCCUACUACAGAUUUUAAUCCCCAUAUCUCUGUAUGUUUCCAUUGAACUGGUGAAGUUGGGGCAGAUUUUCUUUCUGCACCAUGACAUCGAUUUGUACGACGAAGAGAUUGAUAGGUCAGUUCAAUGUCGGGCUCUAAACAUCACCGAGGAUCUUGGCCAAAUACAGUACAUAUUCUCAGACAAAACCGGAACACUGACUGAAAACAAAAUGGUAUUUCGGAGAUGCACCAUUAUAGGCAAUGAGUUUUCCCAUCAGGAAAAUGCAAAACGUCUUGAAACCUACAAAGAAGAAGAUUCUGAUGAUGAGGAUGUGUCGAAGCUUAGAAACUUUUCACUACAUGAUCUUGCUGAGGGCAAUCAAUCCACUGUGAGACACAAAGGCACAAGAGCUUUACGACGAUGCCAUAGCGCUCGACCCAACAUCCAAGGACACUUCCGGAAAAAGUCAGAAGGGCGGUUUGAUCUCUCCCAAGUGGCUUUCAGCAGUCCGAUCGAGAAAGAUGUGACCCCUGACAACAUGUUGUUGAAGAAGGUUAGAGAGGCAUCCGUCCGGAUUGAAGCUCUCUCUCCGGUUAAGGCUCAAAGUGGCACCAAGCCUUCGAAUUCCCCUUAUAUCGAUUUCUUUCUUGCUUUAGCCAUUUGCAAUACAGUGGUAGUCUCCACAGCAACUGAGCCAAGGCAAAGGGUUACUGGACCACCAUUGUUCAAACCAGCAGGGACACCUUUAGACAAAGUUCAGCAUUUGUUUCAAAAGCUGAAACUACUAAGAUCGAGUCAGUCUUCUGCUUCCACCCCAUCAAGUUCCGAUCCUGGAACACCUUCAAAAUCAAAGAACAAUAAAAUCAGUCCAGCCUCUGGAUCAGAUGAGGUUUCCAGGUCAAGCUCUGGUGAAGCUGAAUUAGGAGCAGGAAAAGAGGAUUCUUCAAUUAGCAAGAACAGCAGCAACAACUGUAUUGAAGAAAUGUAUGCGAAUAUUUCCCCAUUUAAUAUAGAAGAUGAUUGUUGUUAUGAAGCAGAAAGUCCAGAUGAAGCUGCCUUGGUUCAUGCUGCCAGAGCAUAUAGCUUUACUCUUAUGUCCAGGACACCUGAACAAGUGUCUGUGAGGCUUCCACAGGGUACUCUUCUCACAUUUGAACUCCUCUAUACGUUGGGCUUUGAUUCUGUCAGAAAAAGAAUGUCGGUGGUGGUCCGUCACCCAAUCACAAGAGAGAUAAUUGUGUACACCAAAGGGGCUGAUUCCGUCAUCAUGGAUUUACUAGAUGACCCAGCAAAAGCUAAUAUUACUGACGAAAAGAGACUUAGGAAACUUCAAGCAAAAACCCAGCGACAUCUUGAUUGGUAUGCUAGAGAUGGACUGAGGACACUCUGCAUAGCUAAAAAGGUUUUAAGCGAGGAGGAUUUUACAAGGUGGUCAAAUUUCCGCGAAGAAGCUGAAGCUGCCAUUGAGAACCGAGAGGAGCUGCUUAUGGAGACUGCCCAGCAUCUGGAAACUAAUCUCACCCUGAUAGGUGCUACAGGAAUAGAAGAUCGUCUACAGGAAGGCGUGCCAGACACUAUCGCUGCCUUAAGAGAAGCGGGCAUUAGCAUCUGGGUAUUAACUGGCGAUAAACAAGAAACUGCCGUUAACAUUGCAUAUUCAUGCCAGCUUCUAGAACAGAGUGACACUGUGUUUACCAUCAACACUGAGACCAAGGAAACUUGUGAGUCCAUCCUGGACUGCACUCUUGAGGAAAUUAAAAAAUUUGACACUGAAAAAAAGAAAAAAAGUGUAUUUAAAAGACGCAGACAAGAAACGUCCCCAGAAGUUGCGAUGUCUCCUCCAGAAGUUGGGCUGGUGAUUGAUGGAAGGACAUUAAAUGUUAUCUUUAAUGGAGGCUUAGAAGACAAAUUUCUGGAGUUGACAAAGCGCUGUCGCUCGGUUUUGUGCUGUCGAGCUACCCCUUUGCAGAAGAGCAUGGUUGUGAAGUUAGUACGGGACAAAUUAAAUGUCAUGACACUUUCCAUAGGUGAUGGUGCUAAUGAUGUUAGUAUGAUCCAGGCUGCAGAUGUUGGAAUAGGAAUUUCCGGUCAAGAAGGCAUGCAGGCUGUGAUGUCCAGUGAUUUUGCAAUAUCCCGCUUCAAGCAUCUUAAAAAACUCUUGCUGGUUCAUGGACAUUGGUGCUACAGUCGACUGGCAAAAAUGGUCAUUUACUUCUUCUACAAAAAUGUGGCCUACGUAAAUCUGCUUUUCUGGUACCAGUUCUUCUGUGGAUUCUCUGGCACCACCAUGCUUGAUUACUGGCAAAUGAUCUUCUUCAACCUGUUUUUCACCUCCGUACCUCCUUUGGUUUUUGGAAUCAUCGACAAGGAUGUUUCAGCUGAGACACUUCUGAGUAUACCGCAGCUUUACAAGAGGGGGCAACAAUCCCAGGAUUACAAGUUGUCAACCUUCUGGAUUGCUAUAAUAGAUGCCUUCUACCAAAGUCUUGUGUGUUUCUUUAUCCCAUAUUUUACCUAUCAAGACACUAGUAUAGAUGUUAUUUCAUUUGGUACACCAAUGAACACUGCAUCCUUGUUCACAAUCACACUGCACCUUGCCAUUGAAAUAAAAACUUGGACCUAUUUGCACUGGAUCACUAUAAUCGGAAGCAUUGUCAGUUAUUUUGUAAUCUCAUUGGUCUACAACGGAGUCUGUGUUUUAUGUAAUGAGCCUACAAAUCCUUACUGGAUAAUGGAAAGACAGAUGUCCGAUCCCAACUUUUAUUUUGUCUGCAUUAUUACACCAGUCCUUGCUCUCCUACCAAGGUACUUUAUUUAUGCACUGAAGGGCACAUGUAGAACGACACCUAUUAUUGAAGCACAACAUCUGGAUAAACUCUGUAAAGAAGAGAGAGACAUAAAAAUACAACAAUGGAAGGAAAGAAUGCGAAAGUCUGCACAUUGUGUCAACAAUGGUUCUUCGGAGCUUGGCAAUGCUUCAACGAAUAGUAUAAAUGGUUUAAUUGGAACCCCGGAAAGAAAACCACACAAUGUUUGUACCAUGACCAAUGAAUAUGAGAAUUCGCCUCAUGGAGUAGGACCCGCAAAAUGUGUUAAAGACCUGCUGAGGGACAAUACAGAAGACUUUUCUAGAGCUAACCACCGGAGGUCUAUUAGUACAGUCACGGUUUAA